AUGAUCGACACCAACGGCAACUUCGCUUGCUCCUGCGAUCCGACGGUGCCAUGGCAGCGGCCCUGCAAUAACAACGGCACCUACUCCGACUGUCCGUGGUGGGACUACCACGUCAAGGUCUUGCAGAAGAACAAUAUCUGGGUGAUGCCCUGCAUCACUCUUCCGCCCGGAUAUAUCACCACGGGCCUGCAGAAAGUCAUGAAUUCGACAGAUCUGCAGGACCAGAUGAUCUUCCGCGCGGUUUCGAUUGCUGUUGAGCGGAACUACGCCGGGUACAACAUCGACUGGGAGGGCGACACUGGAGAGAUCACCUCGCAGGAGUUGGCUGUCUUCUUGGGCAGGUUCAGGCAGGCCUUGGCGCAGUUCGACAAGAAGCUCUCCUUUGACGUCGCGCUGCCGUCCUUCAAAUGGAAUACAACGGCUCUGGCUCCCUCCUUGGACCAGUUCGCCGACAUGGGCACCUACGGCGUGUCGGGGCAAGAUCUGGCUGAGGCUCUGCGCAACAACAUUCCGCUCGCUUCCGAACUGGUGGGGGCCUUUGGACUGAUGGCCAAGUUCGGAGUCGUCCACCUGUGGGUUUGGCCCGACGGACCCACACCCGACUUGACUACUCUGUUCUGGUCCCUGUCGGCCAAGUUUUUGGAGAGAGUCUGA